GACGUCAAUUUUUUUUUUUGGGGUUAUCUCGAGGCUGUAACUUGCUUCUGUGGUGGCUUAAAAUCCGGUGGGAUUUAUUAGCCUACAGGAAUGAAUAUUUUAAUUUCUGCGGUAGUCUCAUGAGCCAAAGAGUUAAAUUUUGUAUAAAAUAGAAAGCAAAUAUUUUCAGGUUAUCUUGUGGUUGUAACUUGCUUCUGUGGUUGCUUAAAAAAUCCGGGCGGGAUUGUUUAGCCUGUAGGGAUGAUUUUUUUUUUUUUUUUCUGCUGUAGUUUUAUGAGCCAGAGAGUUAAAUUUCCUACUAGUGGGAUGUUUCCUCGCCUUUUCUAGUUUGAAUUUUCUCUCUGCAUAUUUUAAGCUGUGUACUUAGGGAGGGAACAAGACAGGCAGUUUGAAAUUGUUCUCUCAACAGGCCAUUGUUGCUUUCUGUGAUAUAUCAAUCGUCUGGAGUAGAAAAGAUGGUUAUCUCUUUCAUCGUGGAAGGGUGUGUGAUACCAAUUUAUGAGCUCCUUGUUGCUGAUGGAGUGGAAUGAGAAAUCCCCAUCACAGUGGGAGUGGGAUAACCUAUUCUUGUGCAGUGCAAAAGCAGCUGAAAAUUCUAAGUUGCAACCAACAGAAUGGGCUAUGCAAGGAGAUCAAGGGAUAAACUCUGGCUCUUUUUAUUCAUCUUGGGGUGGUGGGGGUAGUGGUGGGUCAGGCCCUGUGUUGAGACAUGCUUCUCUGUCAAAUAGCUCGAAAUCAGCGUCGGCAGAUUCUUAUUCAAUUGGUGAAAGUAAGACAUCAAAGCUCACUUUUGAGGCCUUUGGAGAUUUUCCAGAUGAUUACAUCAGUAAGAAAGAAUUGGCCAGGGUGGAUACAAAUGGAGUUUCUCCAACACUUGAGCCUUCAUCUGGCUCUGGUGAGCCAUUGCUCAGUCUAAAGCUUGGUAAGCAAAUGUACUUUGAAGAUGCUUGUGUAGGCAGCAAUACAGAGACCUCAAAAUUUUCUACGAUUCCCAUGACGUCAGCCACCACAGCAAAGAAAUGCAAGUCCAGUUGUCAGAGCACACAGGUACCACACUGCCAAGUUGAAGGCUGUAAUCUUGACCUCUCGUUGGCUAAAGAUUACCAUCGCAAACAUAGAGUUUGUGAAAGUCAUUCCAAAUCCCCAAAGGUCAUUGUAGGUAGUCUGGAACGUCGGUUUUGUCAGCAAUGUAGCAGAUUCCAUGGUCUUUCCGAGUUUGAUGAAAAGAAGCGAAGCUGUCGCAGGCGUCUUUCUGAUCAUAAUGCUAGGCGACGCAAGCCACAGCCCGAAGCAGUCCGGUUAAAUCCAGCAAGGCUAUCUUCAUCACUUUAUGAUGGGAAGCAGCAGAUGAAUCUUGUCUUUGACAGAGUCCCACCUGUUUACUCAAGCGCUGCUGAUAGUUUAACGUGGGAGGACAUGUGCAGCUCCAAGUUUACCCAAACGAAAGACUAUCCUCUGAAGCCUGCAAAAGCAAGAGACACUGAUAUACAGCUGCAUUUGCCCGGCAAUGACAUGCCAUGUGCCAUCACUAUGCUUCAUAAUGAUUCUAGUAGGCUCUUGCCAUCCAAGGGCACCGUAGGUUUAGAAGAACCCAUGAUCUCUGCGCAGCAGGAUGCUGAGCCAGAUUUCCGACGUGCUCUCUCUCUUCUGUCAACCAAUUCCUGGGGUUCCCGUGAGUCAAAACCAGCUCCACACCCACACGCCAUCCAUGCAACUCAUUCUGGUAUGCUGCAGCCUGCAAUGCAGGUGACCCAAGGUAUGCUGCAUGUUUCUUCGGACCACUGGCAGACCCAACAAGCAUCGACUGACUCACGGGGACAUAUCUUAACUCCACCUAAUAACGGCAGCAUCCAUUUUCAAGACUUCCAGCUGUUCAGAUCACCAGACGAGUUCAGCUUUUAUCCCAACCGGUUGGAUUAACCACUCGAAAACCUAGCGGGCUAACGGACCUGUAAAUGCAUAUAUGCAGACAGGCUAAUGCGAUUCAACUGGGAGUUUGAUUCCCAAAGCUAAAACAACUCUCUCUCUCUCUCUCUCACUCUCUCAAACCCAAAGUUUUGUCAGGUAUUACGAAUAUGUAUGGAAACAUAUUGCAACAUGACAUUUCCAUAUCUUCUCAAAUAAAUUUGCUCAUGACUAUUAGCAUUGCAAGAAA